AUGCAGAGAAAUCACCGGUAUCCUUUCCGGCGAGAUCUCAGUUUUGCCACGCUGAAUCCCGAGGAUGGUGGCUAUGAUGAUGUUUUCACGGCAUACAACUCCAGAAAGCCCUCGCUGCCGCACCGAGUGAGGUCGGUAUCUCUGACAGGGUCUCUGGGAGAGGACGAUGAGGAAGAUUCUAUUGGCUCAGACGAUCCUGAUGACAGACUAAUUCCUUUGAAGAUACGGCUGACCCACCACAAGAUGCUAUCAUUGGUGCACAAAUGGCGAUCAUCCAGACUUGCCAAGUUCCUGAUCCCGCUGCUCUACUUGCUCUCCAUCAUAAUAUUCAUUUUCUACCUAUCUUCAAGACACCACGACGACGAUCUGGAUCUCUAUCUGGACAGACCACGCAAAAUGGGCUGGAUGUCAAGGUUCUUCGGUCCCCGGGCCAAAACGGCGCAGGAGGUUCAAUUGGAGACUGACAGCAACAACCUGGUGUACUUUCCAUACUCGGCAGACGUUUCAGUACUGCCAAUUGCACCAUACAAUCAUGCAAAGGAAACGAGUGAUCUGCGGGCGACGCAAGCUGUUUACUACGAUGCCAUCAGAGAGUUUCUAGAGAAGUCCAAGGUGAAUCCCAAGACGCCUGUACCAGAAUUCGAUUUCCACUGGGGCGAUUGGAUCGAAAUGAAAGACCUUAAUCCCCUGAUCAAGGAGAAGCUCACUUGUUUCGUUAUUGGGGUGCUUGGUUCGAACAUACGCACAACCUGGCCGGGCUGCAUAGAUAAGAAGUCGGAUGAUCCUCGGGAUCUCAACUUCAUAUUCAACGGACCGGCCACGGAAUUCGAAAGCCCUUUCAGACUUUCUUUAAGAGCGAAGAGCUAUCUGUACUCAGUGGCACCCAACCCAAGCAAGGUGGUCCUCCUGGCUGGUGAUCUGGCAUUUGUGGUCAAGGUGGCCAAGAAGAAGGACAUCGUUGAAAGCGGAAUGGUUGAAAAGUUCAUCGAUUCGCGUGUUUCCGAGUCUAUUUCCCGACUCGAAGUGCUAAAAUCUCCUGUCAACCCCGUUUGGUGCAUUGACGAUAUCUCCAAGAGCCUCGGCCGGCCCGUGGUGGACCUCAAUGGCGGUGAGUUCACGCUUAUCGAUGUGGCCGAGGACGCAUUCGACUUCCCAGAAGACAAAAAGAAGAGCAAAAGAGCCAACGAUGCCCGUGUUGCAUCUCAAGCCUAUUUCAAGGACACUAUGAUUUUCCAUGACGGCGAGAGAAUUAGGAAGGAGUACGACUGGAGAUUCUUCAACGUGAUGUUGACCCAGCAGGAAAGAAGAGCCGUGUUGCACCAAUUGGUUCGUGCAUGGCUGCAAAUGACUUUCAACCUUGCGCUCACAACGUGGUUGUCACAGGAAACGUUACUUGGAUGGGGCAGAAACGGUUUGUUUUUCCCCUGGGAAACAGUGCUGCAUUUCGAAAUGCCUGCCAAAGACCUGUCGAAGGUGGCUUCCACUUUCAACGGUUCCAUAGUCAUUAACGAUCCCAACGAUGGAACGGGCACGUACUUUUUGGAUGUUAGUCCUCAUUACAUGGAGAGGGCUCGGUUCAACGACGGAAAUGCAUCACCAGAGUCUACGGACGUUCGGUUCAUUGAUAUCAGGACUGGAGUGUACAUUGAGAUCUCCGGUUUGGUGAGGUCUCAGGCCAGAUUGCCUGGCCAUUUCGUGUCCGCUUACCAGGACGAGCCUGAAAUCGCCAAAGACAUUAAAGACGGAGACUCGAUCGCGGAGGGAGGCCGGUUUGUGAAUUCUGGAAUGGGAAACUUCUAUCAUCUAUCGCAGGUCACGCCUUUACGGAAGACUCUGUUCGAAGGUCUCAUGGCCAACGUUCCUCAAAGGGCAUUCUCGCUUCUCCACAAGACGUAUCCAGAUAUUAUGAACGCCGACGAGUUCAACAACCACCAUUACAUCCAGCAUUUGAGAUUGUGGGUUCCUUUGAACAAGUGCAAGUACGUUCCACAGGAGGAUAUCGAGCUGUUCAACAGGGGAGGCUCGAGUUACAUAGGAGCCUGCCACGACGCGGACAUCUGGAGCGAAUACAAUCGCACCAGGGCAGCUACCCUGUUCAAGCAGCUCGAAGGUUUCACCGAGGGCCAGCUAGUGCUGAGUGCAAAGGACGAACUACCAUGUCUAUAUGACGACGUCUGGACUACCCGGAGGAUUGACUAUCUUCACAAUGAGUACGGAUAUCCGUUGCCGGUUGCGCUGGAGGAAAAACAAGUCUGA